UCAAAAUUUAAAAAAGUGAAAGAGAGAGAGGUUUCCCUCUUUGAAAGAAGAAAGUGAUGGGAGUGAAGAGCUUAUGGGAAAUCUUAGAGUCUUGCAAGAUAAUCCUUCCGCUUCACCAUCUCCAAAACAAGAGAGUGUGUAUAGAUCUAUCAUGCUGGAUAGUUCAACUCCAAAAUGUAAACAAAUCUCAAAGAUGUGCAGUUCAGGAUAAGCUCUAUCUCAGGGGUCUCUUCCACCGCCUUAGAGCUCUCAUUGCUUUGAAUUGUACUCUUAUCUUUGUUGCUGAUGGAUCAAUUCCUGGUAUCAAACUAUCCACUUACAGGCAGCGCUUGAAUUCUGGACAUGAGGUUACUCAGGAUGAAACUAAUAUGCAAGAACCAGCAAGUUCACUUCCUAGAAAUAUGGGAUCGGAAUUCUCUCGUAUGAUUAAAGAAGCGAAAACCCUCGGUUUAUCCCUUGGGAUACCUUGCUUAGAUGGCUUGGAAGAAGCAGAAGCGCAGUGUGCAUUGUUGAACUCGGAAUCAUUAUGUGAUGGCUGUUUCACUUCAGAUUCCGAUGUUUUCCUAUUUGGUGCAAGGACUGUGUAUAGAGACAUUUGCCUAGGGGAAGGUGGUUAUGUUGUGUGCUAUGAAAUGGAUGAUAUAGAGAGGAAACUUGGAUUUGGAAGAAACUCUCUAAUUACUCUGGCUCUUCUUCUUGGAUGUGAUUACUCUCAGGGAGUUCGUGGUCUCGGUCCAGAGUCAGCAUGCCAGAUUGUUAAAUCAGUUGGGGACCAUAAUGUUCUUCAACGCAUUGCAAUAGAAGGAAUGUCUUUUGCAAAGAAAAUUAGAGCUCCAAAGAAACAGACGAAGUUACCGUCUCCUGAUUUAAAUGUUGAAGAGUUCGACAAAAAUUUAGAAAAAAGGAAUGAAUUUGUGCAAGUAAUCAAUGCAUAUAUGAAGCCCAAGUGCCACUCAGCAGAUUCAGAUUUAGUCUACAGGAUUCUUGCGGCACUGCCAAUUCAGCGUGAGAAACUUCAACGACUAUGUGCUCAGUUUUUUGGAUGGUCAUCAGAGAAAACUGAUGAGUAUAUCCUUCCAAAAAUUGCUGAAAGAGAUCUGCGAAGAUUUGCCAAUUUGCGUUUGACAUCAUCAGAAUUAGGAGUGAAUCUUCCUAUGUGUGAGAUACCAGUGAAGUGCCCUGUAUCUGAAAUCGUCAAAUCCAGAAAAGUGCAAGGAAAAGAAUGUUUUGAGGUGCGCUGGGAAAGGCUAGAUGGACUUGAAACCUCUAUAGUUCCAGCAGAUCUUGUAGAGAGUGCUUGUCCGGAAAGGAUUGCUGAGUUUGAGCAGAAGAGAGCCUUGGGGAAGAAACAGAAUCACCGGAAACCAAGAACAAAGAAAGCAGAAAGCAGAUCUACAGUAGCUGAAAUUAAUUUAAUGCUUCAAAAUUUGAUGCUUGACAUUGAAUCCGAAAGUAAUACUGCACUUAACGAUUCUGUUCCUUCAAGAUCAGUGAUUUCAGGGGAUUCCAUUUCUUCGAAAUCUGUGGUAUCGGGGGAUUUUGUUCCUUCAAAAUCAAUGAUAUCAGGGGAGAGAACAAGCGGAAUUGCGGUUCGUUUAGGGUCGAAAAGCAAUUUAAACAACAAUGCUGCCUCAUCUUCCUGUUAUGUUGGUGCAAGUCUUCCUAAGAAUGAGGUCAUUGAUCUUUUGAGCCCUUCUCCGGCUCCACCUUGCCGUAUGGUUUCGAGAUGUCAGCCAACCAAUGAUCAAUUUAUCGAUGUGAUAAAUUUGAGUGACUCAGAAACUGAAAUGUCACCUGAACAUGUGAAGAAAGGAACAGAACUAAGUUCGUUUCUAGCUAGCAUUAGAUAUGACAUUUCUUGAAUAGAAUAAAUAAAUUUAAUUAUAUAAUAUCAUUGUACUUUAA